AUGCCCAAUGACAACGCGUAUCAGUUCCGGGGCAACGACGAGGACGGCGAGUGGUGGGUGCGUCCCCGCCGCGCCUACAAGUCUUUCGGCCCUUUCCGAGUUGUGUCGACGCUGAUGGUGGCCGUUGCGAUCGGCCUCGUCGCCUUCGGUCUUGCCUGCGCUGUCAUGUUUGCGGCGGACGUCGCCGAGGAGCACCCGACGCGUGCCCGGUGGGCCUUGCGGGCGUUGAUUGUCUUCAACAUCGCGGUGCACACGUCCAUCCUAUUUAUUGACCGACUGAGCUGGUGGCGCUCGCUGCUGAGUCUGGCGGUGAACGCGCUGUACUUCCGCCUGCUCCGCGGCUUCCCAUUUGUGCCGAAUUUGGACAGUCCGCUGGUGGUUUGCACUGUGGGUGCGGUGCUGAUUGAGAGCGCCAUGUGGUAUUGGUACUCGAUGCAGCUGAUGUACUACACGUCUGUCUUGAACAUCAUCGGGUUUUUCCUGAUGCUGUGGCUGGUGCCGAUCGGACUGGUGGCGUCGUGUGUGCUAGAGGAGGAACGGCUGCCUGGCGCGGGGAGUGUGCACGGCGGCGGCGGUGGCGGGGUGCCGUCUGAUCUUUCCGGCGGGCGGAAGAAGCGCACCAUUCUGAAUCGUUUCGCGGACCUUGUCGGUAACUGGUAG